AUGACUUUUGCAAACAGAUGGGUCUUGAGAUCCGCUCUGAACUUCGUAAGUGAUGGAGAAAUAGUCAGAAAAAGAAAUAGAGAGUUCCAGAGAAAAGCGCCAGAAAAAGCAAAUGCAGAUUUAGCAAAAGGGUGUUUAAUACGAGUUAAGAAGAAGUGGUCAUUAAAUAUUAACAUGUUGGUGUCCGAGUACGCAUGGUUCACAUUUUGCUGUCACCAAAUUUUUGUUCAUUAUGUCCGUAGCGAGACGAGAAGGCCAAAAAUUUCACGCAUGGUCAAUGCGCAAAAUACCAUAAGAAGUACGGAAGGACGCGUGAAUAUAAAUGACAAUCAACUGAACAAGCAAAAUACAAAUCAAUGUAUAUUAGAUGUUUACAGUUUUCAGACGGAGUACCCAUCAUCCUCGUACACACAGCUGACCGCAAUCAUCGGUGCGUACUAUCAAUUCCUAUUCAUCUCUCUGCAUACUAAGCGGAACAUAGAAAAAUACGCCAUGCUAAUCCAGAGAAAAAUAUUUACUAAGCAUGUUUUGGAAAACCUAGCGCAACCCGCGCACAUUCCAAACCAAUGCACUACAUCCAUUUUGACCGACCGGCAGCCUUUAUUUACAAGCACCGUGCACCAGACGACAGAACCCAGUUGGACGCAUGAGAAAUUAUAUUUAAGCGCAGAAGCGAGAAAAUCGAUCCAUUGUUCGUCGAGUUGUGCUCGAAAACAUCGCAGAAAACUAAAUCACGAUUCGAAUCUACCCUCCAUCACGGUUGAAUUGAAAGCGACGGGAUCCUACAUUCUUCUCUUCCCAUUUCUGCUGAUAAACAUUCAAUUAAACAUUAGCUGGUGA